UAUAUUUCAGUGUUCUUGACAAUCAUUGGCGGAGCGCACAAAAAAUUAUUAUGACGUUCAAUAAGGUGAAAUAUUUAUAAAAAAUUGUGCAAAAACCCAUCGGGAGAUAGCUAAUCUUAUUGUUUAGUGUGAUGUGCAAACAAAAGGUUGACUGAGGGGAAUUUGUUCGUUAUUGUCGAGUGAAAUUUAGCGAAUUGGUGAAAAGUGUGUAGUUGUUUACUGAGCGACAUUUUUGCCCCACCAAAGCCAUUCUCUUUGUGCAAGAAAAAUUUGCAUUUCUCGUGUUUCUCGUGUUUAUCAGCUAAAAGAAAACACGUUGAAGGUUUUUUUUUCUCAAUUGAGAUCUUUUGGACAAUGACCAAGGGUGUGUAAAGUGAGAAAUGGGAAGAGAUCUUCGCACAAACAGCACAAUGAGUGUCAACAUGGAUACUUUAUCAGCGAUAAUGGAACCCAUCGAAUUUACGUCGUCCUCCUCGCCAGUGGAAAUUUGUGACCUCAAGGAUGCGAUGGAAUCUGAGCUGAAGCAUGAUGAACCCUGCUCAAUUUCCAUGAAUGCUGAUGUUGAUGUGCAUGAGGGCACAAAGAAACAUCAGAGUUUCCUUCUGCUGGACGAUCAGGAGCGUCUCAGUGUUCCCUCAGCCGAGGCCUUUGCCAAGCACCUGAAGUGCCUCCCAAACACAAACAUCAAAGUCGUAUCAAUCUUCGGCAAUACAGGUGAUGGGAAAUCCCACACGAUGAAUCACACUUUCUUUGCCGGAGAGAAUGUCUUCAAAACCUCUCCCGAGCAGACAUCCUGCACGCUGGGCGUAUGGGCAGCCCUUCAGGCCGAAAUGGGUGUACUGUGUUUGGACACAGAGGGAAUGUUGGGUAUCAAAUUGGAAGAGCAUCAGCGCACAAGGAUGCUACUAAAAGUUCUAGCCAUAUCGGACAUUGUGAUCUACCGGACACGUUCUGAGCGUCUCCACAAUGACAUGUACAAGUUCCUGGGCAAUGCAUCGCUCGCCUUUACGCGUCACUUCUCCGAAGCCCUGCAGGCACUCAAUUUGCCCGGACCACCUCAGUCUCUAGGGCCAGCUGUCAUUAUAUUCCACGAGACCUGCAAUACAAUCCCACUGAGGGCUAAACUCGAUUCCUGCCCCGAGGAUGAGCUGAGAAAGACUUUCAAAGAACUCAACAUGACUCACGAUGCCUUCAGUUCGCUCAAGUACGUGGGUGUCCAGACGAUAAAGCCCCCAACUGCCUACAAUGCUCUCAGGGCAGCAGUUAUUUCCGAGGUGGACAAUACCAAAGUGCGAUCAUCCCGACAUCCCAGCGUGGUCUUCCAGGCACUUCAUGCCCUCAAUGCUAAAUUCUCAGGCACGAUCAAUGAGCAGCCAAUCAAUCCCUUCCCGGAGCAGUAUUUCGCAUGCACGGCCCAGUGUGCAUCCUGCGAGAUGCGCUGUGAGAGAUCCAUGGGCCACGGAAGUGAUCACAAGACGUCCAAACGCUGCCGAUACCAACAUCAGUACGGCAAUAAAGUUUUUCUCUGUCAAGUGUGUCUCCGGAAUGGCCGGGAGGUUAUUGUUAACGUGACGACGCAGUCACAGAGUGAGUCUUCGUGGUUGGGUUUGGCGAAAUUUGCCUGGAGCGGUUCAGUGAUCGAGUGCUUGAAUUGUGGAGAGAUCUACCGCUCGAGGCAGUACUGGUAUGGUAACAAAUCUCCAGAAGAUUACGCCGUAAAGUCAGAGAUUGUGCAUGUGUGGCGAGGAAGUGACAGAAGUGUUAAGAGUCAGAUGUAUUCAGCACAAAUGCUGCUGGACGGGGUCUCCUACCUUGCGGAGACUGUGUCCAAUCUCAGCGCACAGCCAUCGAAAGCCAUCACAGACUGGGCCACUGACAAGAUUGCUCCGGAUUAUUGGGUUCCCAAUUCUCAAAUUAUCAACUGCCACAGUUGCAGUGAGAACUUUGAGAUGUCGAAAUUGCCAAAGCAUCACUGUCGUCGCUGUGGAAGGGGCUUCUGCAGCUCAUGCUCGAACAACGAGAUGCCCGUGCCUGAACGUGGCUGGACUGAGCCAGUUCGCGUUUGUAACUCCUGUCGGGAUGAAUUGCUGAAGGCGGAGGUGGCAGGUAAAACAAGUGUGACUAUUGUAGAUUUUGGUAUACUAACUUCUUGCAUGGUAUCUCUCGGCAACAAUUUUCUCUCGACCGAUGUAGAAACUAACCACAGAGAAUCUUCACCAAUUGUAGGCGGAGGAUUUUGCGGACCUGUUGACGAUUCAAAUAUACGUGCCAGGAGAGUGGGUGAAGCUGUUAUCAGUACUCUGACUUCCGUUGCAUCUGUCCUGGAAUAUCCAAAAGAUUUUAUCAAGGAUUCCGUUCGUCCGGCUUAUUGGGAGUCAGAUGCCGUAGCCAAGAAUUGUGCAAUAUGUGACAUGCCCUUUGGUUCCAUGGAAAAACUGUCGUCCCCUUCCGGAGCUAAUGGCAGUAGAUCAGGUGGCAGUAGUCCCAGAGCAUCGGGGAGUCCGGGAAGAGGAGCCGCUGCGCUCGAUCGUGAUCGGCGGCGGCAUCAUUGUCGCAAUUGUGGCCGUGGAGUGUGCAACAAUUGUUCCAGAGGACGACGUCCGGUGCCAAAUCAUGGCUGGACAACGGAUGUUAGAGUAUGCGACAAGUGCAUCAAUUUGCCAGACUGAAGCAGAUGCCGCCUCUAUUUGCUGUAUAUCUAUACUCCUCUGUGGCUUGUGAUAGAAAUCGUAUGGUUCUAUUGAAUGCUGAUUAUGGGAUUCUCGAGAGACUCAAUAUGCUUUUUCGUGACCGUUUUAUUUUCAUUCCAGGCAUAUGAAAGGUUUUAUUUCGAUUGUUGAACAUCUUAUAUACUUUUUUGGAAUUUUUAUGGAAUGUCGUAUCUUUUCGGUUUUUAAUCUAUUUUAUUUUUUAGGACCUUGAUCAAAAAUUUAGGACACGCCCUUUUUUUAGGAGUGAUUGACAAAUGAGAAUGAUAUAUCGAACUUUUCACAAUUUAGCAAAAAGGUAAAAAAGUAAUGAAAGAAAAAUAAACCCCAACCCCUCACGAUUUUGGGAGUGGCCAGGUAGCCCCGCCUAUCAAAAUUCUCACUCAUAGGAAUCCACGCUUGUAAAAUUUCUCAAAGAAAAAAUUGCCACGUGCUUAGUGUAGUCGCAAUAGUUCACUAAAUUGAAAAAAACUCGAAAUUACGUUUAAAAGAAAAGUAUUUAUGCCACGCCCUCUUGUAGUUCUACCCUCCCACUUUCGAAUUUUCCCACCAGAAUAAAAAUGCUCAAAAUGCUGAACAAAUGAAUAAUUCCUGAAAUAUAUCGUGUAAUAUUGCUAAAAUUUUCAUCCUUUAUACGCAUCUUUUAUUGAGGGCGUGGCCUAUUUUUUCUGGCCUUUUUCCGACUCCAUUAUAACACUGAGAAAAAAAGAGGGUGCGAUUAACUUUUUUUCCUCAUAACUUUAACACAUUUUAGGUGUAAAAAUAUAUCAACAUUUUUUAAUGUUAAUUUUAAACCUUUUUAAGGGUUAAAUUAACAUGAAAAAGGGUAAAUUUAACCCCCAAUACACCUAAAAAUGGUAAUAUUUACACCGAUUUUGGGUCAAUUUUUUCAAUUAAAUCGAUGUUGUCACCGGUAAUGGCAGAUUACGCUGAUUCAUUCAUAUAUUUGACUAAUUAGGGAUUCAGGAUUCUCGGACUCAAGAAUACUUUUUUUUAUAUUUGUCUAUUUCUCAAGUACUUUUGGUGUAUUUAGUAUUCGCGUUAUUUUUGAAUACCUUAUAAUUUGUACAAUUUUCUUUAGAUUUUCGGAUUUCGGGAAUAUUUAUGGUUCUUGAAUUCACGAAUGUUUUCUUGGGAUUCCUGGAUUUUGCAAAUACGUUUCAACUAUUCUCGAAUUUGUGAAUAUUCUCUUGGAAUUAUUGGAUUUUACGAAUAAAUAGGAUUCUCGGAUUUGCGACUACUUUUCUUGGGAUUCUUGGAUUUCACAGAUAAGGAUUCUUGCAUUUCGCGAAUCUUUGGGAUUCUUAGAUUCACGAAUACAACUUUGAAGUAUUCUCGAAUUCGUAAAUAUUUCUUUUGGGAUUGUCGUAUUCUACGAAUACUUCUUGGGAAUUCUAGAAUUUUGCAAAUCAAUAUGAUUCCCGAAUACUUUUCUUGGGAUUCUUCGAUUUCACGUGUACUUCCUCGAGAUUCUUGGACUUAGCGAAUUUUUGAGAUUCUCGGAUUGGCGAACGCUUUUGGAGUAUUCUCGAAUUCGCUAUUUUUUGGAUUCUUGGAUUUUGUGAAUCUUUGCGAUUCUCAGAUUCACGAAUACCUUCGAAUACUUCUUUUGGGAUUGUCGUAUUCUACGAAUACUUCUUGGGAAUUCUUGAAUUUUGCGAAUCAAUAUGAUUCCCGAAUACUUGGGAUUUUUGGAUUCUACGAAUAUUUUUUUGAGAUUCUUGGAUUCUACGAAUAAUUAGAAUUCGCGAAUACUUUUCUUGGGAUUCUUCGAUUUCACGUGUACUUCUUUAAGAUUCUCAGAUUCGCGAACGCCUUUGAUACAAUAAUAAUUAGGAUUUGCUAAUACCUUUCUUGGAAUUCUUCGAUUUUACGAAUACUUUCUUGGGAUUCUUGGAUUUAGUAAAUUUUUGGGAUUUUCGGAUUCGUGAACACCUUUGGGGUAUUCUCGAAUUUGCAAAUACUUUAUUUUUGGGAUUCUCGGAUUUUAUAAAUACUUUCUUGGGAUUCUUGGAUUUUGCGAAUAAUUAAUAUUCGCGAAUUCUAUUCUUGGUAUUCUUGAAUUUUACGAAUACUUUCUUCGGAUUCUUGAAUUUAGCGAUUUUUUUGGGAUUCUGGGAUUCACGAAUGCACCUGCAGUAUUCUUGGAUUUAACGAAUACUUUCUUGGGAUUCUUGAUUUUGCGAAUAAUUAGGAUUCGCUCAUACCUUUCUUGGAAUUCUUUGAUUUUACGAAUACUUUCUUGGGAAUCUUGAAUUCAGCGAAUUUUAGGUUUCUUGGAUUCGGAAACACCUUUGGAGUAUUCUCGAAUUUGCAAAUAGUGUUUUUGGGAUUCUUGGAUUUUAUGAAUACUUUCUUGGGAUUCCUGGAUAAUUCGAUUUCACGAGUACGUCCUUGGGAUUCUUGGACUUAGAGAAUUUUUGGGAUUCUCGGAUUCGUGAACACCUUUGAGGCAUUUUCAAAUUUGCAAAUACUUUUCUAGGUUUAACGAAUUUUAUGAAUACUUUCUUCGGAUUCCUGGAUUUUGCGAAUAAUUAAUAUUCGCGAAUACCUUUCUUGAAUUUAGCGAAUUUUUGGGAUUCUCGGAUUUACGAAUGCCCUUCGAGUAUUCUCGGAUAUAACGAAUACUUUCUUGAAUUUUGUGAAUAAUUAGUAUUCGCGAAUACUUUUCUUGGGAUUCUUGGAUCUCACGAAUACUUUCAUAGGAUUCCUGGAUUUUGCAAAUACGUUUGAACUAUUGUCGAAUUUGCGAAUAUUCUCUUGGAUUUGCGAUUACCUUUCUUGGGAUUCUUGGAUUUCACAGAUACUUAAGAUUCUUGCAUUUUGCGAAUCUUUGGGAUUCUUAGAUUCGUUUUUGGGAUUCUCGUAUAUCUUUGAAGUAUUCUCAAAUUCGCAAAUGCUUUUUGGAUUCUCGAAUUCAACGAAUACUUACUCGGAAUUCUUGAAUUUAGCGAAUUUUUGCGAUUCUGGGAUUCACGAAUGCCCUUGGAGAAUUCUCGGAUUUACCGAAUACUUUCUUGGAUUUUGCGAAUAAUUGGGAUUCACGAAUACUUGGGAUUCUUGAUUUUACGAAUUUUUGGGAUUGUCGAAUAUUUUUGCAAUUUAUUUCGGGAUUCAUGAGUACUUUCUUGGGAUUCCUAUCUUGGGGUUUACAAAUAUUUUUCUGGGAUUCUCAUUUAACUCGAGAAAUUAGCAAAAUAUAUUCUGUAAUCAUCCUUGGCCACAAGUGACAUAAAAUCAAAUAUUUUUAUCUAAAACUUUUAAACAUUUUUUUAUUUAUGCCAGCUCUGAAAGCUACUAUACUGCCCUUUUUAUCCUGUCUUUAUAAUUUGUUCACGAAAAAUUAAUUUUUAUUUAGUCAUGGGCGUGGCCUAUUUUUUUCUGGGUGGAGCUUACUCAGCAAUAUCUAGAUAGAAAAAAUAUGUUAAGAUACGAAAGUUACGGCAUUCCAUAUUUAAUUCCCUUUUUCUAAUGAUUUAGUUUUAAAAAUGUUUGUAUUCCCAAGAUUAUAGUGAUUGUAGAUGAAUUUAUUGAUAUUUGCGCAAGAUGAAAUAAAAAGUGUCGUUGACUUUUUAAUAAA